UCGCUGCUUUGCCGUCCCGGAAGAGGGAAGAGAUUUUUCAUAGAGAAGAAGGAAAGUCUGUUGACAGCAGGAAUUACACCCAGGCCACUGGCGACUUUUAUCACAUUAUUUUUUGUUGUGUCAGCUUAAACCUGCCCGGCAUCUGAUUCUGAUAUCUCGACAUCGCAAGGAGCCUCUCAAGGUAUGGAAUAUGGCAACAACUGAAACGCAGCUUAUGUUAAGCGUCGGAUUAAUCGAGAAAGAUGUGAAUGGAGACACAUUGUGGGUGUGGUGCUAUCCGUCCGUGAGCUCUGAGCUGAGGAAAGUCCUACUCAGCAAGUGCUGCCUGACGCAGGACACCAGAGAUUUCCACACCUUUGUGUUUGGCCAGUUCGGUCGUACCUGGUACUACAUCACCACAGCGGAGGUACAGGAGCCUACAGCACUGAGCAAGGUCACUCAUUUUUCAAUAGUGGUCACAGCAAAAGACUUCAACCCAGAGAAAUAUGCCGCACUCAGUAGAAUACUCUGCAGGACGUACACCAAACAUGGCAGCCCAGUGAAGAUGAUGGAGGCCUACAUCGCCGUCCUCACCAAAGGGAUCUGUCAGAGUGAUGAAAAUGGCUCAUUUCUCAUUAAGGACUACGAUGUUCGGAAGGCGUACUUGGCCGGUUCAGUCAAAGAUGUGGUGUCUCAGUUUGGCAUGGAGACCAUCAUCCUGUACACCGCCCUGAUGCUGAAGAAGAGGAUCGUCGUCCAUCAUCCCCGGAUUGAAGCGCUGCUGGAGUUUACGAGAGUUCUGCCAGCUCUGACGUGGCACAGGAAAGACUGGUCCAUCCUGCACCCGUAUGUGCACCUGACCGACACUGAGCUGGAGGAUUUAAGGAAAUGCCCCGGAUACGUAGCGGGAUGCGUCGAUCCGGAGGUGAGCAACAGAUCGGACUUGUUCGAUGUGUUCGUGAACCUCCCAGACGGCGUCAUCACAGUGUCCCAGAGCGCCAAAGAAGCCAUGGCGAUGGGGAAGUUGCACAAGGAAGUCGGCCAACUCAUCGUUCAGUCGGCGGAGGAUCCCGACAGGUCAGAAGGUCAGGUGAUCAAGGACAUCUCCCUCAAGACGAAAGAGAUCCUCGCCAACCUGGCCGCCCUGGCUGACGAGUGUGAGGACUCUAAGAUCACUCUGGAGAGUUUAAAGCAGCAUCACUUCCCACCGGCAACCGAGAACUUCCUCUAUCAUUUAGCAGCUGCCGAGCAGCUCCUGAGGAUAUAAACGUCUUCUCUACGUCGCGGGACGUCGCAGCCAGUGGACUCGGGCUGCGCUCCAGUGUAAGUGUUGGUAUGGUUUUUCCGAAAAAGACACUUCCUUUACAGUAACGUGAGGAAGUAACGCGUCAUUAGGUUCGAUCUGCGUUGUUGUGUGAGGCGAUUCUCGUACUGAAAGCAGGAUCACAGAUUUAGAUACAUUUGGCAAAAAAAAGACGGUUUAAAGUCGACAAAUUCCACGAAAAGAUCAAAAGCAAAUGAAACAAAGGCGCGAAGUUGGGACACAAAUGUGUAUUAAUCCGCCACAGAAUGUAGUCCCUCCCAAAAAAAAAAACGCACUCAGCUGCAGUCUGGGUCGUGUUUGGUGGAUGUUUUCAGAGCCCAGCUGUCCCACAACGUUACUGAGCCUUUUGGAAAAAUGAAAUAAUGAAUCAGUUUUCUGUAGAGACCCCAGACAGUAUUAUUAUUAUUAUUAUUAUUAUCAUUUCAGAUAUACACCGAUAAGCCAUAAUAUUAAAACCACUGACAGGAUAAGUGAAUAACAUUUAAAACACCUUGUGAUAAGUCGAUGUACUACCCACCCCCCCAUAGUAAUGACACAGACACUUCAGGAACGACUCAAAAAAAACAUGAAAACGGUGUUGACCUGGCCUCUAAAUUCACUAGAUCCAAAACUGAUCAAGUGUCUGUGGGUUGAUCCACAGAGGCCCCUCAGACACCACUGAUCACUAGUGCAGUGUUGGAUUAUUUCAUGGCAUUUGUUAACAACAUGAAAACUAACAAAUAAUCCUUUAACGUUAGUAGUUAUGGACGAUAAGGAGCUACAGUUUGUGUCUCUGAUGUCGUGGAGACUUUUUUUUCCCCAGCUGGAGACCUCUGUAAAGCUUCCACCACAGACCUUGUUCAUUUCUCAUCGUAAAGAGUCCGAUUCCAGAUGUUUUUGUUUGGGUUUUCUUGCAGCCAGCACAGCUGAAACAACCCGGACGUGAAGAGCACUUAUUAUAAUCAAGUUAGUUUAUAGGAGCUGCUUCUCUGUGGUUAUCCGGUCACAAUUGCAGCAAGAAGUUUCGCAACAGGUUCGAAUUUAUCAUAUUUAGGUUUUUUUUAUAACAACAUUAGUGCCACACACACACACACACACACAACUAAAAUACAAGCAAACUGUUUUGUGCUGGGAGGAUUUUUCAAGAAGAGGUUUAUAAAAAUGUCCCUAAUCAGUCAUGAAAUAAUAAUAAUUGACGCAUUGUCAUUGAUUUCUGUUGUAUUACUUGUCUCACUGAUCAGGUUUUGUUCUUUUUUUUUAUUGAUUAUCAGCGUUGUGUUACAGUUGAGUAAAACCACGUUGCCAAACAGAUGGUUUUGUGCCUCAGUAUUUCAGAUAAGACGGCGAGUGUAACACGAAGAAAUGUUGGUGUAUCUUUGGAAACUAAAUGUAUUUUCAUGAAUUGGUGUAAUAUUUGCUAUUAUCAACAAAUACAGCUAAUGUUCAAGUUAAAUAAAUUUACUACCAAAAA